CCUUCCAACACCGUCGGGGGACGAUCUUUAUUUGGACGUCAUCUUUAGCAGUAUUGUUCUGGGUUCCGAAUUUGUUUGAAAUAGUUUUUGAAUUUUCCUGGUGGCCGAAGGAGCGACGAGCCAGGGGGCGUUGUAGCCGGAAGGAGGAGAGCCGCCACGGACGAAAUGGAGGAGGACGCGGAAACGGCCUCCGUCUACUCUUUCUCUAGUAGACAGUUCGAUCUCAACUUCGAAAUCGAAGAAUUGGACGACAAAGAAUAUAACAUUCCCCCGGUGGAGAUGCCUCCCUCUUUGGAGAGUAUUUUGAACGAGCCGGACGUGGAUUCGCUCGGCGACGACGAGUUUCCUUCCAAGGAAGAUUACUUCGAAGACGAAGAUGCGAUAUCCGUGAGUUCGGAAUCCAGACAGAGGAGACCGGAGAGAAGUGCAAAGACGUUCUCGCACGGAGAGCACGGUUGUAUUUUGAGACACGUCAUUCUUCGUGGAAUUUCGUCGCAGCUGCAGUCGGCCGAAAAACGCGUCAAUGCCGGAAAACCCACGGCGAUGGCUGUAUCUUCUGUCAUUGCCAUUGGAACAUUCCAUGGAUUAGUAUUAGUGUUUGAUUCCCAACAAGUUUUAAAAUGGUGCUUAGGAAAUACGAAUUAUGGAGAAGAAUUUGGCUCGGUUUCUGCUCUCGGUUUUAACAGCAAUUGCACUCGCUUACUUUGUGGAUACAGUGAAGGACAGAUUACAAUGUGGGAUUUAACUAAUGGAAAGUUACUUCGAACAAUUUUAGAUGCUCAUCCCCCUCAAACUGCCGUACUACAUAUUAAAUUUACGGACGACCCGACCCUGGCUUUAUGUAGUGAUAGCGGCGGUUCAGUUUUCGAAUUGAAUUUCAAGAGAGUAAUGGGAGCAAGAACUUGUGAUCCAAAAUGCAUCUUCUCUGGAAGUCGAGGCGAAGUUUGCGCAUUUGAGCCCCUGAGACUGAGCCCGGAUUUUCGAAAUCAUCCCAGUCAAGAAGUCUGUCUCGUUGCGUUGGGAACAGUCACUAAGGUAAAAAUGCAAUAAACUUUUAAAAAAAUUGAUAAAAUUGUAAGCAAUAAAUAAAAAGACACCUUGUGAAUCCAGAAAAUGUUUAAAAAGUGUUUUUGA